GUGAGAGUGAAAGUCAGGGAAGCUCCACCAUGGAGAAGAGAAGGGAGAGCCUGUUAGCUGUCAGAGCUGCUGGUCAGAGAGUGCCUGGCACAACCAAAGCCAGAAACAACAGCAUCCCCUCCACAAACAGCCCGCCCAAACAGCUCGCACCGGGUAAGGGCAGAGCCUCUCUGGGCAAUGUGUUAAGUGAGACCCACACUUUUGCCUUCAGCUUCAAAGGACUUCUUGCUGCCAGGCGAAUGACAAAGCAUUUAAAGGAAAGAACAGCUUUGAAGAUAGCAGCGAAGAAACCAGCAGUUACCAAGAUAGUAAAUGAGAAGGUACCACCAUUUUGCUCCAACCCCAAAGAGAAAUUCAGGACUCUCCCCGUUCAGAAGUUCCUGGAAGAAUACUUACCCGAGAAGCUGUGCAGCAUCUCCUACUGUCCCUCGAUUGUGUCCGCACUCACAAAGGAGAUGUGUGAUGAAAUUAAGGAGUUUGUGAAGGAUGUUCUGCCGCCCAGGUAUAAGUUGCUGUGUGUGGUGACAGUGGGUGAAAAGCACAGCGGAGACGCUCUGGUCACCAGCCGCUGUCUCUGGGACUCCCACGCAGACACCUUUGUUUCCUGCUCUUACCAGAAUAGUACCCUCUUCUGUGUAGCCAAUGUCUUCACCGCCUACUGUGAAUAACCCAAAUACGGUGUUGUGGCCUCCAUCUUCCCCCCACCACCUCCUCCCAAUCACCAUCCUCCUCUCCCUCGAAGCUUGCAUUCCAAAAAUAAAUAAUAAUUUGGUCACUUC